GAUCUGGAUGGGGUCACGUGGCUAUCAGCAGCUGAUGCUCACUCUCCACUGUGCAUACCAUGGGGCUGUUUUGCUGAUGCUGUUUACUUGGCAGCUCCCACCUCCUCCCUCAGCCCCUGCAAUUACCCUGCUCAGACACUGGCCAGUCCUCUGCUAAUGGGCAAAUUAGGCCUGAUGCUUUCCUAUUCUCUGCUUGUGCAAGAGGAUAGAGUGCAUGACAAAUGCUGAGUGGCAGUUCCCUUUGUGCCACAGCACUUCCCCAGGGGCUUGAUUCUGCUUUGGCUACAUGCCAGCUGUGCAUAGCAACAGGGAGGAGCAGGGUGACAGCACUGGCAAGUAGAAGGUUUUUCCAAGGCCUCCUGCAUGGCAGCAUCUGAAUGACAAAUGCACUGCAGUUGCUAUCUGCAGAUAGGUGAGGUGAUGAAACACCAAAUCAAAGGCACUCCUCUCAGUCAUAGCCUGCUCAGCAUUACACAGUCAGUCCACAAAGCAGGAAGAAGAGGGCAGGCAGUAAAGGGGCCUGUGCUGGUCCAGCCAGGGACUGCUGACACAAGGAGGGCUGAAGCAGGCCAGCCUUGCCUUGGCAUCAGGGAGUGCCGCAUCUGCCCAUUGGCCCAGAGGGUGAUGAGCCAUGGCCCGGCCUGGAUAAAAGCUGGGUCUGCGCAGAGCCCUCCAAAGCACUGCUCUGGUAUCCUUCUCCUUUGGAACAGGGUAAGUCCAAGAGUACUUCUCCUGCUGCUCUUCACCAAGGCCAGCAUCAGGCCCCUGUGCCUGAGUUGCUGCCAUCUGCUGCUGCAUGACACUGUCUGCCCCCUUCCAGAGCUCCAUCCCGUCACACCAAGAUGUCUUGCUACGACCUGUGCCCACCAAAAACCAGCGUUGCCGUGCCCCAGCCCAUCGCUGAGAGCUGCAACGAGCUGUGCGCACGCCAGUGCCCCGACUCAACGGCCUUCAUCCAGCCACCGCCCGUCGUCGUCACCUUCCCCGGCCCCAUCCUCAGCUCCUUCCCCCAGCAAGCCGUGGUGGGCUCCUCC